AACAAAGAGCACGCGGCGCUGGCCGCCGGCACUCGCGCCCUGAGGCUGCGGCCCCGGAGCGCCCGGCGGCGGUUUCGGCGCGCGGCCGGGUGGGCGAUGGAAGAUGGAAGGAAGGAGCGCCGCGGCAGAGACAUUUGUUUGGGUGAACAAUGCAUCUGCACAUUCCCAGAGUGUUGCUAAGGCCAAAUAUGAAUUUUUAUUUGGCAGAGCUGAAGGGAAAACUCCAGAUACUAGUGAUCAUGGAGGAAGCACUUUACUCCCACCAAAUGUCACAAAUGAAUUUCCAGAAUAUGGGACCAUGGAGGAAGGUGGAGAUGGCCUAAGGGCUUCUCUGGAGUUUGAUGGUGAGACUCUGCCAUGCCACCCACAAGAGCAGCAUGGUGUCCAGCCUCUUACUGGCUGCCACUCUGGGCUCAACAGUGUUACAGAAGGACCAAAAGAUGUCAGAGAGGGCCCCUCUCAAAAUCACCUCAAGGAACAAAGUUUACAGCCCAUUGACUCUUUGAUUUCAGCUCUGAAAGCCACAGAAGCCAGAAUCAUUUCCGGAACAUUACAGGCUACAAAGGUACUGGACCAAGAUGCUGUUUCUAGUUUUUCAGUUCAGCAGGUGGAAAAAGAGCUGGACAUUGCCAGUCAUAAAACACAGAGAGUCAACAAACUGCUCCCUGCUGGCCAAAAAAAAUCACCAGAAAUACCUCUUUCAGCUGAAGUAACGACGGAGGAAAGUUUUUAUUUGAGCAUCCAGAAGGAUCUGACCGCGCUGUUAACUGGAGACACUCAGGCAGAGCUUUCCCAGAUAAUGAAUAAUGGGAGGAAGGGGGCUGUCUGUGUGCAGGAGCCAUCUUGUCCUGUGGCCUCCCUCGGGAGCUCAGCAGUGACCUGCCACUCGGCAGGCAGUGUUGGUUUCUUAAAAGAGCAGAGGUCUGCUCUUGGGAGAGAGCACCCAGGGGCAUGUGAUCAAAGCAGCUCCAUGGGACGCCCAGGCCGGGUCAAACAUGUGGAAUUUCAAGGAGUGGAGGUACUGUGGACAGGAGGAGAUAAGAGAGAGACCCAGCAUCCUGUUGAUUUUGAGACAUCACUGCAAAGAACAGCCUCUCCUGAAAGCAAAGAGUUUUCCAAAGUGCCAUGCCGUCUCAUCUCAUCAGCUGGUUUGUGUAAUUCAAGUCAUUUAACUGACAAUGUCUGGGAUGAGUCCUGGAAAGCUCCUUCAGAGAGGCCUGGCACUAGCUCGGGGACAUUUUCCCCUGUGCAUCUUGAUGAGAGUGGAGAGGAUGAAGUCUUCCUAAAGGAACACAAACAGCAUCUUGAGAAGACACCUGUACCAGAGAGAGACAAGGAAAGGAUCACUGAACAAGAGGAGCACGUUAAGGGGGAAGAUGAAGACAUCCUCGGGCCUGGAUAUACGGAGGACUCCACUGAUGUGUACAGCUCCCAGUUCGAAACCAUUUUGGACAACACUUCUUUAUACUACAGCGCGGAGUCCCUGGAGACGUUGUACUCAGAGCCUGAUAGCUAUUUUAGCUUUGAAAUGCCCCUCACUCCAAUGAUACAACAGCGCAUUAAAGAAGGUGGUCAGUUCUUGGAGAGGACAUCAAGGGGAGGACUUCAGGAUAUCCUGAGUGUGUCAGCAGAUGGUGGAAUCGUGAUGGGCUAUUCUAGUGGGGUCACCAAUGGGCUGAAUGAUGCCAACGACUCCAUCUACACAAAAGGCACCCCGGAGAUUGCUUUCUGGGGAAGCAAUGUUGGGGUGAAAACAACACAGCUAGAAGCUCAUUCCGAAAUGGGGAGCACUGAAAUUUUGGAAAAGGAGACCCCAGGAAAUCUCAGUAAUGGUACCAGCAGCAAUGUGGAAGCAGCGAAAAGGUUGGCCAAACGCCUUUACCAUCUGGACAGAUUCAAAAGAUCAGAUGUUGCAAAACACCUUGGCAAGAACAAUGAAUUUAGCAAACUAGUUGCCGAAGAAUAUCUGAAGUUUUUUGAUUUUACAGGAAUGACGCUGGAUCAGUCACUCAGGUAUUUCUUUAAAGCAUUUUCUCUCGUGGGAGAAACUCAAGAACGAGAGAGAGUUUUAAUACACUUCUCCAAUAGAUAUUUUUACUGUAACCCGGAUACUAUUGCUUCACAAGAUGGAGUCCAUUGCCUUACCUGUGCAAUAAUGCUUCUUAAUACAGAUCUACAUGGCCAUAAUAUUGGAAAGAAGAUGACCUGUCAGGAGUUCAUUGCAAAUCUGCAAGGGGUAAAUGAGGGUGUUGAUUUCUCCAAGGAUCUGCUGAAAGCUCUGUACAACUCAAUCAAGAAUGAGAAGCUUGAAUGGGCAGUAGAUGAUGAAGAGAAAAAAAAGUCCCCUUCAGAAAGUACUGAGGAGAAAGCUAAUGGAACACAUCCAAAGACCAUCAGUCGUAUUGGAAGUACUACUAACCCAUUUUUGGACAUUCCUCAUGAUCCAAAUGCUGCUGUGUACAAAAGUGGAUUCUUGGCUCGGAAAAUUCAUGCAGAUAUGGAUGGAAAGAAGACUCCAAGAGGAAAACGAGGAUGGAAAACCUUUUAUGCUGUACUGAAGGGAACAGUUCUUUACUUGCAAAAGGACGAAUACAAGCCAGAAAAGGCCUUGUCUGAAGAGGACUUGAAAAACGCUGUGAGUGUGCACCACGCAUUGGCGUCCAAGGCCACGGACUAUGAGAAGAAACCAAACGUGUUUAAACUUAAAACUGCCGACUGGAGGGUCUUGCUUUUUCAAACUCAGAGCCAAGAAGAAAUGCAAGGGUGGAUAAACAAAAUUAAUUGUGUGGCAGCUGUAUUUUCUGCACCACCAUUUCCAGCAGCAAUCGGCUCUCAGAAGAAGUUUAGCCGCCCACUUCUGCCUGCCACUACAACAAAACUGUCUCAGGAGGAGCAACUGAAGUCACAUGAAAGUAAGCUGAAGCAGAUCGCCACCGAGCUGGCCGAGCACCGCUCAUAUCCCCCCGACAAGAAGGUCAAAGCCAAGGACGUCGAUGAGUACAAACUGAAAGACCACUAUCUGGAGUUUGAGAAAACCCGCUAUGAAAUGUAUGUCAGCAUUCUCAAGGAAGGAGGCAAACAGCUCCUGAGUAACGAUGAAAGCGAGGCUGCAGGACUGAAGAAGUCGCACUCGAGUCCUUCGCUGAACCCGGAUACAUCUCCGAUCACUGCCAAAGUCAAGCGUAACGUGUCAGAGAGGAAGGAUCACCGACCUGAAACACCAAGCAUUAAGCAAAAAGUUACUUAGAGUCCAUCUGCGGCCAGGAAGUGCUGGUCAUGGAGCAAAAUAGGGUUUUUCAAGAUCUUUCUGGUAAUCCGUGAAUAUAUUUAAAAAAAAAAAAAGUCUGCGACAAAAUGGUGCAUUAGUAAUUUUUUCUAUUGUAUAUUUUUGUUAGUUUCUGUACAGAUUGUCUUUGCUCUUGAUUUCUUUUGCUUUGAUGAUUUUUGCAACUUGAUAGCUAAUGCACCUUUUCUGUGAGGAGGAGGGGAUCGUGAUUUCAGAAUGAAUUAUGUAUCCCUUCUCUUUUGGUUUUCUCUUGUUUGCAGUCUGCUCAGUUGUUUUAUGUAUUCUCACAUCAACUGUUAAAUUUUUUUUAAGGUUAAAGAAUUUAAUCCAUUGUGAAACGCUUAACUGGACAAACUGUAGUUUUAGUAAAUUCUAGCUGGAGUUAAUAUACGCCUUUAUAUGUGAAAUCUUGCCCAGUCACAGAGGUAGAAUUGAGCACUCACAGAUGCUCCAGUAAGAAUGGCAGUGCUGGGAAUCUAGAUGCUCCAAUAUGAGGCAGCUGCGUGUGCAGCUUAGCACUUCCUGUUGAGAUCGGACCCUGCUGGAAGCAGGGAGAAGGAGCUUGAAGAUCAUAGGAUUGAGAACGUAGGGAAGCACAUUAGCUUGCUUGAAGUGCUGAUUCCAUUUCAGCCAGGCAAGGGAAAGAGGAAGUGGAGUCAUUUUGCCUUUGAAGGUUGAGGAAAGAUUGAUACCCAGUUGAUUUUGUUUGCUAAAGGAUGGGGGCUGUAAUCGGCCCUUGAGGAGCUGCAGCAGUAGGCAUGUGCGCAGUCUGCAGGAAAUUGUUACCUCACUCCCACAGGGUCUAGACUAGAAAUCCAUCAUCUCUAUCGUGGAUAUCCUUCCAUACAGGAAUAGAUUCUUUCUUACUCUACAUAUGUGUGUGUGCGUGCGUGUGUGUGCAUGUGUGGGCAUGGGGUUGUGUCCUGGUCGUGAUGUUGGGGUCCUCCUUCCUAACAAAAUAAUACUAAAAUGAAACCGCUUUUGUUCUGUCCUUAAGUCAAGACAAAAUAAGGAAGGAAAAAGUAGCUGCAGUUGUCCACAAUGGAUAUUGGUUCUUUAAAAUAUAUGUGAAAGUAACAGUCAGAAUGAAUUGUGGUUGGAAAACUGAGGGAUCCGCUGGUCGCAGGUGCAAAGUGACUUUGUUUAUUUUUGUCUCAGUCUCCUUGAUAGCUACUUCACUCUGCUACUACUCAACUUUCUCCUAAAAAUACUUUAUCUAUUUUCAGUCCUUUCUUUCUGUCUACUCAAAAUGGUUCUAUUAACUUUGCAGUCAUGAGCUUGUUCCAGUUAUAGUCCCUUUGAAAUUCAGGGUGAUCAACAGAAUAUUCUCCUGUAGAGGAAGAGAAAGGAAUGAAAGUUGAGCCCACUGAGACCUAGAACUUUGUGAUUUCCUCACCUUGAAACUCUAAUCCCUAAAGUUAUAGUCUCCACAAGUGGCACAACUGCAGAACUAAUAGAAUCACUCCGAUGAUUCUUUUACCUCCCUUAGAAGUGUUCUGUAGUUCUGCAGUUUAUUUGGUGAAGGUACUAUGACCAAAGAAUCAGCUGCUCUAAGUGAAUAGCAUGGUUCCAGUGAAUUAGAGAAAACCUGCUGUACAACCAUGGUAGUGUCUAAGUGAUAUGUUAUUAUGAUAUACUAGCAUUUAUUUACAGAAUUAUUUAUUUAAUGUUUACUUCCUUCCCCUCUGUAAAUGUCCAUAUUUGCUGUUGCCCAGGGAAGGGUUAUCCUUCUCUAGGGUUGCAGUUGCUUUCUUUGUAAUAAGUAUUUUGCACACCUUUAAAAAAAAAAACCUUACUUUUAACUCUCUGCCUUGUUUGGGUAAAGGCAGUAACUAAGUUUAUGUUUCAGAACUGCAAAACAAACGGGAUAGUUACCAAUAUGGCCCAUGUAUCACAUUGACUUUUGUAGCUUCUCACUGAAUGCAACAUAUCCACGAGCAAGUUGUCUAUCUUUCUACCUGAUAAUCUAAAUUAUCAGCGUAUUUGUGUUCUGCCUAAAUAUUUACACUAAGCAGAGGGGAGAGAGGUACCUAGACCAUGUCAUCUACGAGCUUCAGUAACUGAAGAAAAAGGAACUUGCCUGAGUGGCUUGAAUGUGUUUGCCCACAGUCUGUGUCUAUGUAUAUAGAAUGUCUGUAUGUAUUUUACUUAUUUAAUAUACAUUGAAUGGUACCUUGCUACAGUAUUUCUGACAUUUAGACUAUUGAAAUACUCAGCUAGCAUCAGCAUCACUAUAGCACUGUCCGUGACAUAUGACUCAUUAAUAUUAACUCCAGGGACUGCUGGAUAGGCUCAUAGAUCAUUGGAUACAAAGGGCUCUUUUGAAGCUUCAGUAUACCAUGUUUGCAUAGUUUAUCUUCAAAAAAACUUUAAAGGUUCUUUUGUGAGCCAGGAUCUCAGACUGCCAUAGCAUGAUGCUGUCCAUCUUUAGCGCAUGAGCUGAGAACACGUCUUCCCUGAGGCUUCUGGAAGGAUGUUGUCAUGAGUGCAUGAAGGAGGCCAAGAGUUUAUGCUGUGGGAGGAAACAGUCACUGAUUUGCCUAGAUUCUGAGAGUCUGGCCCAUAGCCAACCACAUUUUCUUCUGGGAUAAUUUCUUUUCUGUGGUAUCUAGCCAGAAGAAAUUGAGGAUGUUUCCUUUCAUAGCUGCUCCAAGCCUGUUGCUGAAUUCACGGUACAAGGGAGGACCCCUUCCCUUUCUUCUGAAGGUACGCCACCCACCUCUGUCCCCCACCCACCUCUGUCCCCCACCUCAGCACCCAGGAGCCUUGGGACUUCCUUCCAUAUGAUAAAUCAUUCUUCUUCACAUCAAUACACUUCAUAUUGAUUUCUAGUAUAAAAAAUCUUGAUAGCCAUCAGAAUACCUUGGUCAUAGUCUUGUUGCAAAAUUGACCAGACAGGUGGCCCAUGUAUAAAAUCUGUAUUUUAAAGGUUGUUCCCACCUCGCAUGCUGGCUUUUACAGGGAGGUGUCUGGGAUUCCUCUUUAGCAAUCAAAACUUAACUACUAGGAUGCAGAGUCCUUACUUUAUCGUCAGUCCAUAGGCAUUUCUGAAGUGCACUUUUUUGAAACCUCAUUUUGCUAACUCAGCAGUGUCUCAUUAAACUGAGCAAUACUUUUGUGAAUUUUAAUUAAUCUCAGUAAAACCAUGUUGGGAGAGAGUCCUCUGAUGGAAAUGUAUUCCCUGGAUUAUGUGGAACCUUUUUAUUGCUCUUAGAUGUAGAGGAUAGAAAGCAUUUUUUGGUGCAUUGGUCUUGUGCCAAACACAAGACCCUCUAUGCUUCUCCAACUGUUAUCCUAAUCUAGCAAAUGAGGACUGAUCCCUAGGCAGAAGUGGCAUGAGGAAUUAACUCUGGAAGAGGAAAAUCUGGCUGGCUUUCCAAUGCUAAGAUAGGUUUGUAUUUCACCCAAUGGCCAAGCUACAGAAAUUCUGAGAUUGUGGAAGAAUUUAUGCAACCAGCAGGGAAAGAGGCCUCUUACUGCCUAAACACAAAGUUACACUGAGCUUUUCUACUGUCCUUUGCCUGUUGUUCCCUCUAUCAUGUAAAGAUCUGGGAAGAAUGAAAGGCAGGGACUGCUUGUCAUGAGCUGCACUCUUCUCUUCUUAGCUAAUCAUUGACAAUUGGAAGAAAAUUGACUUUAAAGAAGUUUCUCCAUUGUCUUACUAUCAAAACCUUCUUGGGUUUUGUUAAUUGUCCUUGAAUUUGAGUUCCUUCGGCAUUUUUCCUUGUAGUCAUCCAUUAAGCUUGUUGCAUCCUAAAUCCACAGGAAGUUUAGCUUUGCAGGUUUGAAUCUCUGUAAUUUAACUCCUGUGGACUUGGUCGAGUUUUCAGCAGGUUGGGAGCCACACCUGUUAAUUUCAGCAAUGAGUCAUCCCUUCACUUUUCAAACGACAGAAUUUUUUCCAGUUGUAAAAUUAACACUGUAAAACAAAGAACCAAAGGUGGCGUCCUAACAGUCCUUAAACCUAAAGUCUAAUUUAUGAGUCAUUGUCCAAGCUGGAGGUCUCAAAGCAUGUAAGUUACUCUGACAGUAAAUGGGAAGUCAGCCUUGCAGGCACAUGUGCCUCUAGGCCUCCUCCUACCUUUCUCCACAGCUUUCUGGCCAUCUUUUCUCCCAGGCCAUGCCACUGCUCUGCCACAGUUCAGCACAUUUCUUUCCACCAGUCUUAUAGCAUCUUACGUGAUCAAAUCAUCACAGAAUAGCCCCAUGAUGGAUUAUUGAUAGCAAUAGAGAGGUGCUUUGUCACUGAUUUUUCUCUCAGAUUCCUUUUCCAUCUCUCACCCAUAAAGGAAGGACUGAAAUCCAAAGGCAUUCUCCUUUUGUACCUACAGUAUCCAGAACCAACGUGGGUAGCCUUCUGCUGAUGACAAUAAUUGGCCCAUUGCAUGCAGAGAGAAUGUCUUCACAGAGAGAAUGUCAUUAAAUACUUGAAUCUGCAUGACAGUUUGACUUGAAUGCAACAGCAGGAAAAUUUUGCAAGUUACAUAAUUGUAUAUGCAGUAGGUUUUCUUAAGUCUCUUCGGUUCAUCCUUUGUAAUUUAUGUGUGUAUCUGUAGUAUUGCAGGCUUUUGGAGAAUAUUCUUACAGAUAGUACGUCAGUCAUCAAAGAAAAUGCUGUCACCUGCCAUUGUUGUAUUUGUGGGUAUUUAUAGUUGUAUGUAUGUAAAUGCAUUAGUGUGUAGAUUGCGUAUCAGUAUAUGGUACAUGUACAUCAAAAUUAUUUUUGUCCUUAAUCAGUGUGAUAUGAAAAGCAAGUACAACCUCAUAGGACUGAUUAUAUAAUGAAGUUGUUGAGAGUAUAUAUAGCGGUAUUGUUUUAUUAAACUUAAAUUCAAAUAAUAUUUUGAUUAAAAUUUUUAAUAAGACUUUAUGCUAGAAAAUUCUGUCUUUGAGCUUCGAAUCACCAGGGCAAAAAUGACUUUGAACUAACCUUGUGAAUCUUUUGCAGUGUACUGUGUGCAAUACCAAGGGCAUAGCUCCCUGUAAUUUGGGAAAUACAGAAAGAAAAGAAAAAAAAAAAAAAAAAGGCAGCCUGUGCAGUCUUAGUAACUUUAGUAUUAAGAGCACUUAAAGUGAAACUGACAAAUUUGGGCUUAUUACAAAAUGUGAUGCUUUAAAGCACACGUUCUUUAUUGUUGUUGUAAUUAGUCCAUAAAAAAUAUAGCUUUCAGAAGAAUUAAGUACCCACCAUAUCAUUGAUGUAUUUGUGUAUAUUUUACGGGAGAUCAAACCACUCUCGUGGUGCCGCAUCCGUACUCGCUGGACUUGGAAGAAAUUCACAAGCACUAAAGUAUAUCAGGGCAUCCCAGGAUUGGGUACUGGAUCCUAGGUUUGCAGUUGCACAAAUUAGCAUCUAGUGUCACAGGUAAAAGAUUUUCAGGACCAGGUUUAAACUUUGUUUUAAAUAUUUUUAUACUUAGGUCUCUUUUUCCUGCCUCUCCCCAAAGAAGAGCCACUGGCCUUAGUUGUUUGAGCUUACUGCUUAUAUUAUAGAGUGUAAAUAGAUAACUAGAGACUAAACUUUUAUUAACUAGCAUGUUUGGUAUAUUUAAAGCAGUGACUGAGUGUGUUUGAGUGAGCGGCUGGGGUCGGUGUCUUUUGUUUAAACACACUGCCUCGUGUCUUCGCAGCUGAUUCAGAGAGUUUGAAUUGUGCGAUGGGAAACCCACUUCAGCUCUAGGCUGCAGUAAUGUGUUGGUAGUUACACUUGAGGUGUUUUUUUUUUUUUAAAUUAACUCUAUAGUCUCAAACUAUUUUUGCAAAUAUAUCAUUUUUCCUAAUUGGUUCUUGACGUGCAGUGGACUGGCUCUGUGAAUGAUUGGCAGGGUCUUAGUUUUGCGAGAGUAUUUCCUUCUAAGAAUUAUUGUGAUCUGCAGAAACAGCCACUUGAUUCAAAAAUCAUGUAGAAAAGGAGUAGGAGAAACAAAACGUUUCAUUUGUGGGCCUUAACCAUUUGAAAUGUUUGAACUUUAACAUAAAGCCAUAGAGUUUAUCAAGCCAAGUAACCAUUUGACAUGGAUAGUAAUAUCCACUCUAGAGAGAGUAUAUAUGCACAUUGAUUUUUAAUGCCGUUAAGAUACUUUUGUAAAACUGUAGGAACAAGAGUAAUUAGACCAAAUGGAAGCUUAGGGGACAGUAAACUGGUUGCUUUCCAUUUAGGGUAACCAUGCAUGUGGUUAGUCCUCCACUCCUGAGAUUCAGAACCAAUUGACUGUCCCCUUAGGUAUAUAAGGAGAAAAGUUGACAUGUCUGGGACCUCUGACAUGUGUACACACGCUUGCACACAUGCACACACAGUGAAUGUUUUAAGUUAUACAAACAUAAGACCUUAAGAUGCAAAGAGCCAGAAUAUUCUAAAGAGGUGAUGAACAAAGGAGAUGGAAACUGCAUCACAGAUGUUUUCCAAGGGCCAGGGUGGAAUUUGAGCUCAGUCAGAGUGUCUGACUUUGAGAUGCGUUGUAUUUUUAACACAUAAAUGAGAGGGGAUCCAUAUGACAUUCUUUGUUGUGGACCACCAGAUUGAAAGCUUUCUUGUAAUUCACAAGCAGCAGCUCUCCAGCAGCUCUCCAUAGCCUGGGUGAAGUCCCAGAAGCUGGUGUGCAUCAUUUUCCAAGGUGGUAGAGCUGCUUGCUCUGCAGAUCAUUCCUUUGAGAGAUGAGUACAAGUGAAGAAACAAGGAGGCACUUCCUCUAGGAGCACUGAUGUGCCUCGUCCACACUCCCCUCUGAGCUUGACUGAACAUGCUGAGAGAGCUCCAAUUGAACAUGCUGAGCAGUUGAGCACUUUUCCAUCAGCAACAACAGUGAGGAUGGAAAUGGAAAGGAACUGAACUAAAAUGCAUUUCCCUUUGCAGGGCAGAGAGCUAAGCUCUUAGGAAUAGUGUUGUAGAAAUAAGCACCCUAACUUCAAUUCCUGAAAAUGUUGGUUAAUGGAGAGAAUUUUGGAGUUUCACUUAAUUAUUAUUUUCCCAUCAGUCGACAUAAAUAAGUGUUCAGAGACUCCUAGAAGAGUCCCAGCCCAGCUCUGCAGGUCUGAAGCUCACUGCUCUGAGCCCUGAAUACCAGAGCCCUGCAGAGGGUGGUGAUAACGCACCAUCUCUGCAAAGAGGAGCCUCUCCCCCGGCCGCCACUUCACUCAGGCUUCUACUGAGCCGCAAGGACAGCCUGGGUUCCAAAUGGCGCUUCCCCUGCUUUAGGGAUCUGGGUGUCCUGAUAACGUGACUGUGCCGAGGCAAGGUAUCAACUCCGAAAGUGACUGAGUCACUGAGCGUGGCACGUGAAUAAACGUCAUGACAAAGAUUCUCUGAGUGAGGCUAAUGCCACAUAUUUUACCUUUGCAAAAAAUAAACUGGCACACUGAGUUCUAACCACGGAUGGAUGAUAUCUUUGCCACCACACCCAGAUUCCUAGAAAUGGCCAACGUUUCCUUUCUGGGGGAAGGGUGGAGGAACACUCAAGUGCUAGCUUAGCAGCUUUGCUCAGUCCAGAUCAGAGCUAUACGGUAAAGGCCUAAGCACCUCCCUGCAGUCUCUUCUAUCUCAAGUUUUAGGAACCCCUUUCUAGAACAGAAAUGUACACUCGCAGAGAAUUUACAUUGUCAGCCUUGAUUACCAUAGGACAGGCAGAAAGGUGGUAAUUUUUAUCUUGUAAUAUAAAAGAAGCUUUUAACUUUUCCAGCCUAUUAUAAUAACUGGGUUAUAUUCACUGUGACUCAAACUAAUUGGCAUUGUGGAACAUUUCUUUACCUUCAAAGUUUUCUCCACCAGUCAUUUCAGUUCUAUUGCAGUCCUGGUGCCAUAUGUCCCCUGCAAAUUGUGAAAGUAAUUAGUGACAAAAUAGCAACCUGCUCCUUUUCGAUGGCCAAACUGUCAGCAUUAGCAGAUUUGGGUAAGCACGUGGGUACUAUAACACGUACUGGAAACCUGUUCCUCAUCACCACCUACCAGAUUCCGGAAAUGCCAUCUUCUAGAAAACAGUGGCAUUUAUGGUGGUCUUCUUUUGAAUGGAACAGUAAUUUGUGUGGAUAUUGUUAAAGUGUUUAAAGAAUAUUUUGACAAUUAAGUUUACAUUUUACAAUUGCUUUAUUUUUUAUUAAAAUAGUUGUAUAUAAAUAUUACCCUAUUUCACUGUUGUUCAAGUAAACCUAAACCUUGUAGGCAAGUGAGUCACCUAAUAUGUAUAGAAGCUGUGACAUAUAGAGUACAUUUAUUGUGUAAAUGUUUAUGAAUAUAAUUGUUCCUGUGUUUUUAUAAGUUGGGGAUAUUUUGUUGUUUUACAACAACAAAAUUUAUUGCAUUUAAAUGGUUUUUAUGUAAUAGAAAUCAUGCAAAAUAGUGAAGGAUUUAAAAUAUGUAUAUGAUAUAUGUAAAUGUACAAACUUUAGAAGGAAAUAAAUCCAACAAAUUUCAAUCA